CCACUAAUUGAUAGAUCAUAAAGCGAGAGGGGAAUGGGGAGGACGCCGUGUUGUGAUAAGAAAGAUUUGAAGAAAGGGCCAUGGGGUCCUGAAGAAGAUGAGAUACUCAUCAAUUACAUCAAGGAACAUGGCCAUGGAAGCUGGCGUUCUCUUCCUAAGCUUGCUGGUCUUCGUCGUUGUGGCAAGAGUUGCCGGCUCCGGUGGACGAAUUAUCUUAGGCCUGACAUAAAACGCGGCCCCUUCACCGUUGACGAAGAGAAGCUCGUCAUUCAGCUUCACGCCAUUCUGGGGAACAGGUGGGCAGCCAUUGCUGCUCAAGUACCAGGACGAACGGACAACGAGAUCAAGAACCUAUGGAACACUCACUUAAAGAAACGCCUACAUUGCAUGGGACUUGACCCACUGACACACGAGCCGUUCACCCAUUAUGGCCCAACCACUGCACCGCGUUCAUUUCCCACCACUCGUCACAUAGCUCAAUGGGAGAGUGCCAGGCUCGAAGCCGAGGCUCGUCUUUCCAAAGGGUCACUCUUCUUAGACUCACCACCUCCAUUGGUUAAACCCGACCCUGACUAUUUCCUACGCUUAUGGAACUCUGAAGUCGGAGAAUCAUUUCGGAACAUGAACGGAGAAACUAAAACCGAUUGCCGGAGCCCGAUUGCAUCUUCAUCGACGAAACGCGGGUCGGUUUCGGGGUCUUCGAGUACUUCAACCACAGCAAGAAAUCAAAUUGAGGAUCGCAUUGAUGCAUCUUUCUCUUCAUUUUCGAACGAGUCGGAAGAUUCAUCCGACACUGCGCUGCAAUUGCUGUUGGACUUUCCCAUUAACAAUGACAUGAGCUUCUUGGAAGAUGAUACUACUUAGCUACAAUGUUGACUGAAGUAUCAACCAUAUGAU